GUUGAUCGGCUAAUGAGUGAAAGUUGAAGUUGGCCGUUCGCUCUGAGGUCGCUACUGUCCAACAAAAGUCCAGCUUAUACGUUCAUAAAUGGAAACUGCGCAGCUGCUCACGUUUUAACAAAGUCCGCGAACAGCGCGCGCGCCGCCAAUCCAGGGCGGCGCGACGCCUUCGAGGCUUUUUCUAGGCCACAGUGGCUCAUUCACAAUUACGGAUUUGCUCGAUAGGCAACAGGUGCAAACCUACUGACGUUACUCAGCGAGUCCAGUAACUUUUACUCGGCAGUGUCAAAGUUCUUUCCAAACCAUCAACAUCAGCAACAACGAAAACAAUGAGUGUCGACGACAUAUUGAGUUACAAACCCAACCCGGACGAGGAUCUCUACGCUCUUUUGGGAUGCGAUGAGUCUUCGACGAAUGCAAAGGAAACUCUCUGUGAUCCUGAGAAAAGGCUCAACUACGACAAAUGGCGACACAGUGGAAUUUCCAUUAGCUACAAACAGUGGCUGGGUAUGAAGGAACACGUUCAUCAAUCGAUGCACUGGACUACUCCGAAAACAAAAGACCGAAUGUUACCUGACGCAGCUGGUGGCUCACCUGGUCAUGUCAGGGGUCAACCAGCCAAUCCUCAUCGUCGAGCCUCGGAGGGUGGCGCAAACAUUCAUUACGGUGCACGGCGUGACGUCAAUUGGGAUUCCCAGCCACCAAGUGAGGUGGUAAACAAGUUUCGCAAUUACGAAAUUUAAAAGACAUUAUUUUAUUCCACCAUCGUCGACUAAAAUUCUUGCAAAAAUCAACUUGAACGGGAUUAAAUUUCCUCAGAACCACUUUGUCUAGUUCGUAGGUACCUAAAUCAGAAAUGAAACGACAUACUGAAAAAGAUA